UUUUAAUUUAUUACAAUUGAAUAAAUCAUGGCUGAACCGAAAGUGUGCAAACCUCUGAAGCUAAAUGAGUUAUUAAUACAAAACGUGAAUACAUGGGGUAAUGUUGAGUACAACAUACCGUUGAGACUGUCCAAUAAUGAGACGAGAACUGCUACCACCAUCGCCCAUAGGCAUAUACCAGCUAUACCACAUAGUUUGGACUGUAAAAUAGAUGACCCACUACCUGAGCGUGUAACUGGUAGAGACAUGGUGGUACAAAAGGAGACAUACAGGACCACUAGCGGCGAGUACUGCGUGAAACCCAACCCCAACAAAGCUAUGGAACGAUCCGAUUGCGGCAUUAAUUGCAGACGGGUCCAUUACAUGACUGGCGUCGAGAAACGGUUAUUAAGCAAGAAUAUAGUACAACCAACGAUGAUAUCAGAAAUGAAGGAUAAUUUCCGUGGAGUGAGAACCCCCACAGCUCCUCCAGAAAUAACUGUUCGUCCUCCAGACCCUGAAUACAUAUUCGAUGUAAUAGCUGCAGGUAGAAAUGAAGCUCCAACUAUAUCAGACAACGCAAGUGGUUUCUGUAGACUUCUAGACCCUUACGUCUCCACUUACAGAACAUAUCAUAAGCCAUUCACUGCUGAAGACCAGUAUGGUAUAGGAGCGAAGGACCAUAUAACUUUUUACUCGGAGUUUGAUCUGCCAAAGGUGCGUGGGUUUGGUCCCCGUCAUAAACAGAUUUGGAUGCCUUUGACAGCUAGACCUCACAGAGGUGUGUACGAUAGGAUUCAUAUGAAGAAGGAGUACAAAGAAGUAGCCGCAUGUCAUAAUCCUGUGAAUAACAUCAAAGGAGUAUUCGUGUCAGAAACAAAGAAGAAAUACAAAAUACCAUUUGCCAGCUCUUCUUUAGCAUCAUGGUCGCAUGGGGAAACCUUCGAAUUGGCUCCUUACCCACCAAAUCCUUAUCAGACCAAUAUAGCGCCGUUCAUGUAUUGCAGCGAUUAUUGCCAUAUAGCACAGGGAACUCCACCGUACACUGUCAUUGAUCAGAACCAUCAUGACAUGACUCCACAUAAAAGAUGUCUGAAGAGAUACGUCGUGUCAAGGGAUUAUGAGCAGUGAU